CUGCGCGGGGCCGCGUCCCGCCGGCGCUGCCUCCGCUGCUCCCGCUGCACCGCGCGGGCCGGGGCUGUGCCCCUGCGCCGGCAGAUGGAAUUCCAUCCCCGCUGGGGCUGGGGGCUGCUUUCGGGCUGCAGCGGUGCCGUGCCAUGGAGUGACAGCCAGCGAGGGGGGGGUUUAUUCCCGAUCGUCGCGACCACGCUGGUGGGGGAGAGAGGGAGCUAGGUCCACCAAAGCCUCCUGAAAAGGGAUGGAAGGAAAACCAAUACAUAAAUAAUUUUUUUAAAACCCUCUACAACCGGACGAACAAACAAACAAACCACGAUUAAAAACCGCCCCGAAUAAACAUGUUUUUGCAGCCACGGAAGGCUGGCUGUGCUCGUGCGGGAGUGGGAAUUCCGUGUGUGUGUCCCGGCACCCCUCUGCCUGCCCAGCGGCCGCUGCCGCGCGUUGUUUCGGGGCGCCCUUCGCCGCCGGGCUGCAGAGGCAGCGGGUGCGCUCCGCCGGGGCCGCUGCCGGCGCCCGCUGCAGGUGAAGUGCUUCCUCUUGUGGGAGCCAAAGUUUGGGGCUGGAGUGGGACAGUUUUCAGAGAAGAAAGCUUUGGGAAUGUUUCUGCAGCUUCCCAGGAGCAACGGGUUUGGAAAAAACAAACCUGAACACCCCACUGUGUCCGGGGAGUAGCACAGCCACCUUGCGGAAGAGAUGAGAGCAAGUGGGUUUACUACUGGCUCACGGCUUCUUUUUAUUAUUUUAUUAUUAUUAUUGUUAUUUUUCUCCCCCUCUGCAUUUCUCUUUUAAUUUCUUAGAAGCUCUGGGCCUGCUUUAUUGCCUUGUUUAUGGCUCUUUCUGUGGAGCAGAAGUCAGCCUGAACAGAUUUAGAACAAGAGAAAACCCUGAAGAGAUUAAAGUAGGAAAAGCUGUGGCAGUAAACAUAGGAAAUGACUGUCAGCUUCUCAUAUAUGCUGUGUGAUCGGUUGUGCUGGGCUGACUGUCCAGAAAUGACAGGCUGGGAAAUACAUCCCCAUGUUUCAGCGAGUUCCCAGCACUUUACAUUUUAAUGUUGCUCUGCAUCAAAAUAUGUCUUCUCUGGUUUGCUUUUUGUCAUUAUUUUUUUUUUUAGCUGGCGAUUAGAUGGUCAGGUUUUAAACAGAACAACAUGUUUUUGGCAGAAAGGACAUCAUAACAACCCAGGGAACUCUUAAAAAAAAAAGUUGGAGACGGUGGUGCUGCCGAACAGCUGCUGUAUUUCACUCCAGAAGUGGCUGUUUCCAGUGGCUCAGGCACGGCAGUCUCACUAUAGGUGCUUACAUUUCUAACGUGUUUUCAGCGUUCCUAGAGAUGAAAGUGUGUUAUGGAAACAGCAUCAUUAGUUUUCAUUGCCUUCACAGCCCCGGCUUUUUUUGGUUUUGUUUUCUAAUCUUCUGUUUUUGGCUGUGUCUUCAGGCAAAGUAAGGAUAAAAGUCUUUCGGUUGCUAGCCUGGCCUUUAGGAAAAAAAUAUAGCCAGGGCCCGAUCCUGCAUUCCAGGCAUUCUCCAAAAUCUUCUUGGCUGUUCUGCAAGUUUUGAGAGAGCACAGAAAGCAGAACUGGCCCGUAAUGUGCCUGGAUCUAUUUGGCUCUGACAGUCCUCUCUUAAAAAGCCUCUGGUUACAUCGAGUGACAUUGUUCCUUGUCAAAAGAGAUGGGAAACAAGCCUGCUGGCUGUUUUCUGCUGAGGUAACCAGCCCACAGCAAUUGCUAGGGGUUCAUUAUUGCUUUUUUCCCCCCUCGUUUAAGUCCUUAUUCAAAUUACAGUUUAAUUCUAUUCCCAGGGAAAUACAUGGAUAUUUUGAUAUGUGGCUUCCCAGCUCUUGCAAGCAUUUAAAGAAACCUUGAACAUUUAAAUUUUUUUUUAAGAUAAGUUCACCAACUGCUUUUGGUGCACGCAGAGCAUGCCAGCUUUUCUUAGAAAAGCACAUGUUGCAGUCCAGAUUUCCUUCACAGCCCCAUUCUUCAGAAGUUUAAGCUGGAAUAAUACAGACAUUGGAGGAAGAAUCAGAAACCAUCUGAGGGCAAGUCUUCCUUUCUGUCCUGUAUUUCUCAAGUCAGUCACCAGUUUUUGGUGCAAGAUAGAAACAAUCAGCUUGGGUGAAUUCUUACCAGAUGCCAAUACUAAUUUGUCAGAAGCAGAUGGUGCUUUCUGUUUCAAAACUGGAAUAGCUUAGCUAAGGGGCUUCUGCUGGGGCAACUUUCCAGCAAUAUAGAGAGUAAAAAAAAAAAAAAAGUGUGUUAGAAACAGUUCAGUUUUUCUGACUCUUUGCUUUUUUACUAUAAGUCAUGAUUAUAGGCUAAGGUCAAAAAACAGAGCCACUAACCUCUGUUUGAACUUCCCUGUGUUCAGCACAUGUAGGUAUUUCAUUGUUGGUUCAGAGGCACAGCUGACUGACAGGACGCACACACCAGGAAAAUGUGCAGUCUUACUUUUAGUCUUUAUUUCAACCUGUCCCUGUUUCCUCCAUGUGUCUAUGAAGGAAGAAGCCAUAUGUUUAAGAAAUGUGGCUUCCCCCCACUUCCUGGGAAAUAUUAAUAGGUGUUGCCAACGGGACAAAGCUCUUUAAGGGUGUUGUGUAAAAUACCUCACUCUGGGUUCACUGCAGCACUGAGCAUACAGACACCAUUUGAUUUUUCUCCAGAGAAGGAAAGACAGGGCAAAUUUUGGAGAUGAGGCAGCAAAGAUGCUCUGCAACAGCAGUAACAACCAUCCUCUUGGCUGCACAAAACUGGGAGCUAUUGACUAUUCAUGGCAAAGCGUCCAGAGCGCAGCAGCAGAGCCUGUGGAAAAUGACAGCGUGUAACAAGAUUGACUGGCAUUUCCUUCACGCUGGGUCACAUGCCUCCUAAUUCACACACACACACACCACCUCACAGGCUGAUCGAAUGACUUCUAUCUCUGCAGUCCACAUACCUUCCACAGAAAGAGUUGUUUUAUUAUGCACAUGUACAGCUCUGUUUCCAAUCAGUCACCUUGAGCGAAUGACUGAGGGCCAGUGUUCGCUCCAUACCGAGCUCUCUGCCUUUGCCCUCUAAGCGGCAUAAUCUCCCUCCGCUCUCACCUGAACUUUGGCUGCCUGGUAUAUGCUGUUGGGAUAUCCUUAAGAGAUCGUCCAGGAAUGGUGGAUCACUUGCUGCCUACUGAUGAAUCCUUUUCAUCCACAAGAUCUUCUCUUGGAUACUUUGGGGACAUGACAGCUGGCGUGAGGUCCUACCAAAUGCUGCCCUCUCCCCUGUCAGAAGAUGACAGUGACUCGUCCAGCUUUUGUUCUUGUUCCAGCCCUGACUCCCAGGUCCUCAGCUCCAGCUAUGGAAGCACAUCCAGUGCAGAAAGUCAGGACAGUAUCUUAGACUAUUUAUUGUCCCAGGCAUCUUUGGGGAACACCACUGCAUCAUGGUGGGACAAAAGGAGACUUCAGCCAAUAGUGAAAGAGGAGUACUUUAGGUUGCCUGAAUUUGCUGUGGAUAUGGAAGACUCAGGACCAUUUCAGCCCACGCUUGAGGAAAUUGAGGAAUUUUUGGAGGAGAACAUGGACUUGGAGCUCAAAGAAAGACCUAAAAGCGAGACCAAGGACUUGAGAGCUUGCAGCCAGGUUUCUGUUGCUUCGCUGCAGCAAAAAGACCAUAUGUUACCCAGUACUAGUUUAAAAGAGAGUAAAAAUGAGCAGUUGACUAGCUCAACAGAAGGUGGCCAAGCUUCAAAUGGAGGAAUGACCCUGGAGAAUGGAAUACCGGUUAUGCUCCAAAUCCAGCCUGUGCAGAUCAAACAGGAGUCCAACACGAACCCCACUUCCCAAGGACCAGCACAGGAGAACAUUAAAAUUGCACAGCUCCUGGUCAACAUCCAAGGACAGACAUUUGCCCUUGUGCCUCAGAUAGUUCAGUCGUCCAAUUUGAACUUGUCCUCUAAAUUUGUCCGCAUUGCUCCCGUCCCCAUCGCCGCCAAGCCAAUUGGGCCAGGAGGCAUGAUCCAGGGGCAGACGGGAAUCAUCAUGGGUCAGAAAUUUCAAAAGAACCCUGCAGCUGAACUCAUUAAAAUGCAUAAAUGUUCUUUUCCUGGUUGCACCAAGAUGUACACGAAAAGCAGCCAUUUGAAAGCCCACCUGAGGAGGCACACGGGAGAAAAGCCCUUUGCGUGCACGUGGCCGGGCUGUGGAUGGAGGUUCUCCAGGUCAGAUGAGCUGUCCCGGCACAGGCGCUCCCACUCGGGGGUGAAGCCCUACCAGUGUCCAGUGUGUGAGAAGAAGUUUGCUCGAAGUGACCACUUGUCCAAGCACGUCAAGGUGCACCGGUUCCCCCGCAGCAGCCGCUCCGUGCGCUCCGUGAACUGACGGCUCC